AUGACUAAAAAAAGGAAACAUCAAGAAGAUUUCCAGAAAGUGAAAUUAAAAGUUGGGAAAAAAAAGCCAAGACUAGAGAAUGCAACUGAUACUACCUUCAAAACAAAGGCCAUACAAAUUCCUGAGCAGCUCAAAGAAGAUGGAGUGCUUCCUACACAAAAUAGAAAACUUAACAUAAAGGAUCUGCUUUCACAGAUGCAUCACUAUAGUCCUGGGGUUAAGCAUAAUGCACUUACUGGGCUCAAAGAUCUCCUGUCUCAGUAUCCAUUUGUAAUUGAUGCACACCUUUCAAAUAUAGUAAGUGAGGUGGCAGCUGUGUUUACAGACAAAGAUUCCGGUGUCAGAGGAGCAGCUGUUCACCUGCUGCAAUUCUUGGCUUCAAAAAUAAGAGCGGAACAGAUUGCUCCAUUUUUCCCUUUGGUAAGUGCCCAUCUCUCCAGUGCCAUGACUCAUAUCAGUGAGGGAAUUCAGGAAGAUUCAUUGAAAGUCUUGGACAUUUUACUGGAAGCAUACCCAGCCCUUCUCACAGACCGCAGCAGUAUAUUGUUGAAGAAUUUUGUAGAGCUUAUUUCUCACCAGCAACUGUCAAAAAGACUGAAAAGCCGAGAGAAACUUUCCUGGAUGCUCUCUGUUAACCCCAAUCGCAGAGUAACCUCUCAGCAGUGGAGGUUGAAUGUACUUAGCAGGCUCAAGAAGUUUCUCCAAGCAGUGGUGGAUGGCUCCAGUGAAAUAGAGGAUGGAGGGCUUCAAGAACAAAAGGACAGCCCUCGUUCUGUGAGGAACCCAGUAUGUAUAAGUUGGAAGGUUCAUGCGAAUAAUCAGCAGUGCAUACAACUGUUUGAAAAUGGUGGCUUACGACCAAAGAUCAACUCGUCAUUUAGACUGAGGUCUCUGACAGGUGUAAUGGACAGUGCAGAAAAAGGCCUGUCCUCGGCUGAAAACCUAAAAGGUUUUAUUGAGAUAAUAAUUCCGUUAUUGAUUGAGUGCUGGAUUGAAGCAUCUCCUGCACAAUCAGCUCCUAUUCUUGGAAACCUCUUGGAAUCAGACUCUCAGCAGCUUAUGCAGCAAGUGCUUAGUAUAAUACAUUUAUUGUGGAAACUCACAAAGCGGCAUGAUGAAACAUACAAAAUGGAUCUGUGGCUCCGAAUGAAUUACCUUGUUGAUUUCAAACACCACUUCAUGCGCCAUUUUCCUUACUCUUUACAAGAAACAGCAAAGCACAAGAAGAAAGACUCAUGCAAAGGGAACAAGUAUUGUGUGACAUCCUCAAACAGCGUAGACCAUCUUUUACUGAACUUAACCUUGUGUGACAUAAUGGUUUCACUAGCAAGCACUUCAACACUUCAGAUGGAUUCUGGUUGGCUGGACAUGAUAAGGAAAUUUGUGACAGAUACUCUUCAGGAUGGUAGCAAGCUGAAUAGCAAGCAGGUGAACAGAUUGCUUGGUGUGACUUGGAGACUAAUGCAAAUACAGCAAAACAAAGUGGCAACAGAACCCUUGAUCAAAGCAGUAUAUACACUAUACCAGCAGAGGAAUCUCCUCUUUCCAGUUCGAACGUUGCUUCUGAAGUUUUUUAGCAGAGUUUACCAAAAAGAAGAUUUGAGGACUCAAAGAAUCAGAAGCCGAAGCAAAGUUUUAUCUCGUUGGUUGGCUGGCUUACCUCAGCAACUUGCUCUGCUUGGCUUGAGAAACCCUGAGCUUUCGAAUCAGCUGAUUGAUAUCAUUCAUUCUGCUGCUUCUCGUUCAAACAAGGAAUUACUACAAAGUUUACAAGCCACUGCUGCUCGAAUAUAUGAUCCGCUGGAGGGCACGCUGGUGCUGCUGCCGGGCGAGGCGCAGAGGCGGGUGAUCAUGGGCAGGAUGUCCUCCGAACUGGCCGCCACGCUCAUCGGGAUCCUGCGCAUGAGAUCAUCCUUUGCAGGCUGGAAGUGCCAAGUGCAGGAUAAUUCAGUGAAUGAUGUGGACUAUUUCAGCUUCUUGUUUUCAACCCUUAUAGGGUUUUCGAGAGAGGAGUUGACUAGUCUCCAGGGCAUUAGAGGAAAACCACACAUUAGCCAGUCACAGCUUUCACCUGUCCGUCUUUACCUAACUGAUCUGGACCAGUUUUUACACCACUGGGCUGUGACAGAGAUGAUCUGUCACAGCUUGUCCACUAUACCUUCACAGAGUCAGUGUUUUGACAUUCUCCAGACUGGCAUCUGUAAAUACCUGGUUGGCUUGGUUGUAAUACCCGAUAGCACAGCUGGAUCUGUUCUGUGUGCCAUAAAUAAGCUCUUGGAUCAAGCUUGCAUCCUGAGCGAAACCCUGCACAAGUUCUUAGCCUCUUGUUGUUACAGUCUCCUGUACUUCCUGCUCACUUUAGACAAAGAGGAUGCAGAACACUUACAGAAAAGGGAUAUGCUGUGGGGGUCGUGUAUUUCUGCGUUAGCACUCCUGCCGCGCUUGCUGAGGCUGAUGCUGCAGAGCCUGCAAGUGAGCAGGAUCUGUCGGGAAGAGCUGCCCGUGGUUGCUCAGUUGCUUCGCUUACUCAUGCAACAUGGUCAGCUCAGGAGCCAUAUGAUCACAAAUGAAUUCCUGGUGCAACAGAUUAUCAAGGACAUCAUGACCCUGAAGAGUGGGGAGGUUCAAGAGCAGUGGCUGACAGACCUCCAUUACUGUUUCAACAUCUACCUUGCCUCUCAUCCCCAGGGACCCGGCCCUAUCAACACCGUGUAUUAAAAGAGGUCGAACUGCAUUUAUUGUAAAGCAUUUACUUCUAUUUAGUUUUGAAUGGGAGAUGUUGGAACAAAGCUUGUCAAUUUUUUUUUGUAAGUGAAACAGAAUAAAAAUUUUCCAGAGAACUGCA